AACACUCUAUUGGUUAUUUAAAAAAGGGGGAGGAGCCACUCGAUAUGUCCUGCCUUGACUUCCUGUUUCAGUGGAAAUGACCAACACAUCAAAUAACUUUUAAUAGAUUACAGAUCUUUGUAACAUCAAACAUGCCAUCUCAAAUUGUAUGUUUAUGGACAUAUGCCCUAGCAGCUAUAACAACCUCCGCUCUUCUCAGAAAGCUAUCAAGAAUUUCACAUUCAGUCAAAAGGGAAUUUGUGAGGUCACGCAGAUUUUGAACGAGAAGUCCUGGCUAGCAAUCAAUUUCCAAUUCAUUCCAAGGUUUUCAGUGGGCUUGAGGUCAGGGCUUUGUGCAGGCUACUGAAGUUCCUCCACACCAAAUACAUCAAACCAUGUGUUUAUGGACCUCACCUUGUGCACAGGGGUACAGUCAUGCUGGAACACGAAAGGGCCUUUGCCAAACUGUUGCUACAAAGUUUGAAACAUACAGUUGUCUAAAAUGGCUUUGUAUGCUGUAGCAUUAACAUCGCCCUUCCCAGGAACUAAUGGGCCCAAACCCUGAAAAUCAGCCCUAGAAUAUUAUCCCUUCUCCACCAAACUUUACUCUUGGUACUAUCCAUUCCAGUAGAUACCAUUGUCAUGGCAUCUGUCAAACCCAGAUUCGUCCAUCAGACUACCAGAUAGUGAAAGGUGAUCCGAGCAUGUAUCCACUGCUCCAGUGUCCAGUGCUGGUGUGAUGUACACCACUCCAACUUAUGCUUGGCAUUGCACAUCUUAGGCUUGUGUGCCCUUGCUUGGCUAUGGAAACCCAUUUCAUGAAGCAUUUAUCACAGUUCUUGUGUUGAUAUUGCAUCCAGAGGCAGUUUGGAACUCAAGUGACUGAUGCAACAGAGGAAUGGUGAUUUUCAAACACUACAUGCUUCAGCACUCGGUGGCCCAACUCUACUUACCGAUUAUCUGCCGGAGGAAUCCAAAGCCAUUCUCACAUCCCAUCAUGCAUCAGUGCAGUACCAGGUGUCAAUACAGACUACCUUUGUUGAGCCUUUUGAUCCGAUAAUUGGGGCUCAAUAUAUUGUACUUGGAGAGCUUGAAAAGUCACAGGGGGACAGUGAAGCCGUUGUGCGUGCACGGGUCUUUAAUUGUGUGGACGGCGUCGACGUUGCACUGCUACAGAAGGCCGUAAACGAACAGAGGACAUUUUUCAGGGAACGAAAUGACGAGGCUGAUGCAUGAUUUGGACCAAGACUCGUCAUGUGACAUCAUCACAAUGCGAAUUCAGCCUUAGCCCUCUCCGAUUCACGUGCGUCUAACAUGAGUACAGCUAAAAGGUCUUAUUUACCAACAACCGUCAUUGUGAAAGACCGUGUAAAACACUUUAGUGGAAUCGCAAUUUGCGGUUUGGAAUCUCACCUACGCCCUGUGUGCACGGAGCUGGCAUGUUCUCCCCGCGCUUCGUGGGUUUCCUCCCGGUAUUCCGGUUUCCUCCCCCAGGUCAGAGACGUGCACCGUAGACCGAUUGGCGUUUCCAAAUUGUCCGUAAUGUGUGAAUGAGUGUGCGGUUGUGCCACGCAAUGAGUUGGCACCCCGUCCAGGACCCCGAGUACCCUGAGAUCGGCUCCGGUAUUCCCCACGACCCUGUGUGGGAUAAGUGGUAUGGAAAAUACCACAAUGGAUGAUGAUCUUGAUGACAAAGCUAUUAUACAGAUUUACAUUGGAAGUAGCAGACUUAAAAGUAAUAACUUUAUGCAAUGCUAGAUUUAACUUCAUCAAGAUAAAAUGCCACCGGGUCAUUGGUAUAAAUUAACAUGGGUGGCUUGGAGUACAUCAGAUUUUAAUGUGUGCCAGGGAUGGAAAAAAAUGAAUCCAUGUAUGUACAGAUCAUGUAAAAGUCUGCUUUUGUGCAGUGUUCAUGUGUGUAAAACGAAUAAACUGUAUAUUAUUUUCAAACCAAACUCAGUAAAGUAUUAUGUACUGGUUGUUUUAUGUGCUCCUGUAUUAACAAGACAAGAUCCCUUUUUUUUUUUUUUUGAACAUUUUAAUGAACAGUGGUAUUUUUUAACAUUGUCAUGAUGGGUGAAUAGUUAUUGAUAUUUUAAGCAAAUAAGGGGGGGGGGGGGG